AUGGUUGAAGCAAGUAAACAUUGGUUUGAGAAAGCUUGCAGUCAUGCACCAUGCAAUACUCUUAUACAUCCCUGGACCCAGAAAUGUACUGAUGCUACUGCAUCUAUGCUAAUGAGUUGCAUUAAAGGAAGUUAUAAGUUCUAUGCCAUGGUGUACCUUAUACAAAUAUUAAUGAAAGGCAAGAAGUUGGGCAAGCAAGAAAUGAUUGAACAGUUCAAGUUAUAUUUAAAAUCAGGAAUAUUUGGCCUCACUGUUGGAAGCUCAUUUGUUACUUUGAACUGUAUAUUCAGGGCGUUGUUCUUCAGCAAAUUUUCAUAUUACACAACCGUUCUACUGCCGUGCACUGUAAGCGGUCUCGCCGUGUAUUUCGAGCCUCCAUAUCGAAGAGUUAUGGUCGUCAAUCUGUUUGUCAAUUUGGUGUUUGAGUACUGGUUAAGAACAUUAGAAAUGAAAGGAUGGCUGCGGCGUUCCCCCGGCAAGGAAACUUUCAUUUUCAUGUUGGGCAGUGCUGCCUUCUUUUAUUUAAUGCGGCUUGAAAGAGAAAACACCAAGCGAACGCCUUUGUUCUGGUUCUUUACACCACCACGCGUUUCGAAGGAGGUUGGAGAACCUGUGAUAGGCAUCAAAGGCAGAAGUCCGGCGUGUCCUCAUAAAGGGAACUGCAUUAAUUACGUUUUAAAAGGCACGGCGCAACUGUUUGGCGUGGGUUGCUUGAUGACAACGCUACGCACAAUCCUACCACGGAUACUGACGCCAACGAAAGCGUUGAAGUCACUGCGGCUGUCCCAUCUCAAGCUUGGGCUAUUCUUUGGUGGUUAUAUCGGCAUUUACAGACUCGUGAUAUGUCUUCUGUGUCGAACGUAUGGGAAAGACAGUGCGCUAUAUGCACUUCCGGCGGGUUUCUUCGCUGGCGCUGCGUUAAGAGCUUCUCCGUCUACGCCUAUUGCGUUGGCGCCUGUAACGUCCUCAUUUCAGAUUUUGGGUUCCUGGGCAUACCAGAAGGGCAUGAUCCCGGAACAUUGGCCGCUGGUGGAGCUGCUGUACUGUUUGUGCCAGGGCCUGUUGUUCCACGCCCGCGUCAUGCACGAGGACGUGUGUCCGCGAUACAUUAUCAACUUGAUGCACACAGUUACCAGUUCCAAAGCUGACGAAAUUCAAGCCGCCUUCAUACAGAGGAUUCUCCGAACUCUCUGA